AUGUCGGACUUUGGUAAUCCGUUGAAGAAAUUCAAGCUCGUCUUUCUUGGAGAGCAGAGUGUCGGCAAGACCUCUCUCAUCACUCGCUUCAUGUACGACUCAUUCGACAACACCUACCAGGCUACGAUCGGAAUCGACUUCUUGAGUAAGACUAUGUACUUGGAGGAUAGAACCGUCCGUCUUCAACUCUGGGACACUGCUGGACAGGAACGCUUCCGCUCGCUCAUUCCAUCGUACAUCCGUGAUUCAACUGUCGCCGUUGUUGUCUACGAUAUCACCAAUUCCAACUCAUUCCACCAAACAUCCAAAUGGAUCGAUGACGUUAGAACCGAGCGUGGUAGCGAUGUGAUCAUCAUGUUGGUUGGAAACAAGACCGAUCUAUCCGAUAAGAGACAAGUCACCACUGACGAAGGAGAACGAAAGGCCAAGGAGUUGAAUGUAAUGUUCAUCGAGACAUCGGCCAAGGCUGGAUACAACGUCAAGCAACUUUUCCGUCGCAUUGCUGGAGCACUUCCAGGAAUUAUCAAGGAUGAUCCAGUCGAGCCACCAAAUGUUGUCACCAUGGACCCAAUCCGCCAGCGUCAAAUCGUCACCGAGGACGGAUCGUGCUGGUGCUAA